AUGAUAUUCCCUCUAGCUUUCUUCACAAGUAUGAUCCACGUGAUGGCUCACUUGCCAGAAGAGGCAUUGCUUGCUGAUCCUGUCAACUAUCGCUGGAUGUAUCCAAUAGAAAGGUUUCUCGGAGAACUGAAAAAAACUAUACGCAACAGGGCGAAGCCCGAAGGAUCAAUUAUAGAGGCUUGGGUUCAAUAUAAGUCGCUUACUUUCUGUGGAAUGUAUUUAAAAGAUGUGGACAUGACUUUAAAUCAUCCUCAGCACAAUAAUGACGGAGGUGUGAGAAAUGAGAAACUUUCUGUUUUUGCCCAAAGCGCACGCCCCUUUGGAGAUCCUGUACAAGGAGAGUCGUUUUCCAUAAAUGACAUGGAGGUGAAUAAGUUGAAAUCAUCGAAUUCACCCUCUUAUAGUGAAGAGUUAUAUAACUUGGCAUUCUGCCCGAUUUGCGCUGAAUUCUUUUCGGGUUGCCAUGUUAAUGGCGUCAAGUUUUUGGGGACUACACAAGAUGACAAGUUGUGUACGCAAAACAGCGGUGUCCAUCUCCCAGGUGGAGGCGAAAGUACGGACAUUGAUUUCUAUGGCAAACUUAUAACUGUCGUGUAA